AUGCCGGAUAAAGGCGGAGGCUCGGCGGCGGGGAGAGGGGCGGAGGCUGGGCGCCGGAGGAUAUGUUUCUGUGCUCUAGGGUUUCCUCGGAAGCUCCGUGACGAGAAGGGCAAGGAGGAUUUCUUGGAGGAGGUUGCUAGGGUUGAGCAGUUCUUGAGCGACCCGUGGUUGAUCAAGGGGAGGGAGAAUGCGACGAUUCAGGUCAAGGUUCCCAAGGUUGUUGCAUCUCCGGCCCCUCAGCUGCCUCUGCCGGCGCCGCAAUUGCCGCUCCCCGGAUCUGUGUCCGGUGGAGGCGCCGGAGACGAGGCAGCACUGGCGGCAUCGGCGCUGGUGAAGAGGGCGGCGCUGCAGAAGCAAGCUGCUGCGGCGUCGGUGGUGGCCGAGGAUUAUGCCAGGAAGUUUGAGUCCGGUGAUUUGAUACUGAUUUCUGGAAAGGAUGCUGCUGGGGGGGAGGAAGGGCAGUCAACUGCCAAAGUAUUGUGCCGCCUAUGCUUUUCUGGCGAAUAUGAUGGAAGUGAAAGGGCAAAAAAGAUGCUACCUUGCAAUACUUGUGGGAAGAAGUAUCACCGGAACUGUCUGAAAGCAUGGUCACAAAACAGAGAUCUUUUUCACUGGAGUUCUUGGACUUGUCCCUCUUGUCGUAUGUGUGAGAUCUGCAGAAGAACUGGAGAUCCUAACAAAUUCAUGUUCUGUAAAAGGUGUGAUGAUGCAUACCAUUGUUAUUGCCAGCAACCUCCACAUAAGAAUGUUGGUCAUGGACCUUACUUGUGUCCAAAACAUACCAAGUGUCACAACUGUGGUUCUGCUGUUCCUGGAAAUGGCCUAAGUGUAAGAUGGUUUUUGGGCUAUACUUGCUGUGAUGCAUGUGGAAGAUUGUUUGUGAAGGGAAAUUACUGCCCUGUUUGUUUGAAGGUCUACAGAGACUCUGAAUCAACUCCCAUGGUGUGCUGUGAUAUCUGUCAAAAAUGGGUGCACUGUCCCUGUGAUGGGAUCAGCGAUGCAAAAUACAUGCAAUUUCAAGUUGACAGAAAUCUCCAAUAUGUUUGCCCUACUUGCCGUGGAGAAUGCUCGCAGGUUAGGAAUCUUGAGGAGGCUGUUCAGGAGCUCUGGAGACGAAGAGAUGAAGAUGAUAAGGACUUGAAAGCCAGCCUGAGGACGGCUGCUGGUUUGCCCUCCCAGGAAGAAUUUUUUGAAAUUUCACCUUUCUCUGAUGAUGAAGACAGUGGACCCUUGAUGAAGAGUGAAUACAAUCGUUCUUUGAAGCUUUCUCUUAAAGGUUUGGGCGAUAAAUCACCGAAAAAUGGCAAGGAGACUGGAAAGAAAUCCUCAAAAAAGUACUGCAAGAAAAAAAGGAAUGAAAAAUUUUUGACUGGUAAAGUUGAAGUUUUACAAAGUCUUAUUGGGCAUGCUGAUCUUGCAACUGGACCCAAAAUUGGCGAUGAUAAAUAUGAAAAAAUGCAAUUUUCUGGUGAACGUGCUAUGCUAUCUCCUAUUGCUGGAAGUUUGACCGAAAGCAUAUCUACAGGAAACGAGACAGCAGCCUCAAAGCACAAAUAUAUUGAUGAAGUGACAGCCACCAAUGUUUCUAAGGGGUCUAGAACUAUUAAGAUAAAGAAUAAUAGACCAUGGGACCCAACUAAUAAGGAAGAUACUAGAGUUAGUGGUGGUUUCCCCAAGACUGCACAAGGGCCCAAGCUUGUUAUACAUUUGGGAGGACGAAGUAGAAGUGCAGCUGGCUCGCCAAGGUCUGAAUCUUGUAAGGGGUCGGAGUUGACAUCAGUUAAAGGACGCAAAGCAGACCAUACUGAUCAAACGAAAAGUUCCAAACUGAUAAAAAUCAAUAAUCCCAAUUCAGAACUUCCUAACACUAGCUUGAAACUCACUGCAAGAGAAUUUUCUGAUGGGUAUCUAUCUGUUUCUGCAAAGAAGACAAAAUCUCUACUUGGGAAAAGAAGUGCCGGGGACAGCACACCUGCAAGUAGUGGGUCUGAAGCCCCAGUCAGCAAAAGGGCCAAACACUCUUCAACAAGACAUGCUGAUCACCGUGUAUUUGUUGACACCGUAGACAAAGAUCACGGUGUAUUGGCCUCAUCAAGGGAUCAGAAGCCUUCGUUGAAGUUUAAAAUUCCAAAGAAUUCUAGUAGCGGAAACCAAAAUGUUCCGGGUAAUUUUGGUACUGGAAGUCAAAAUUCACUGUCGCUUCGUGGAAAGGAAGACAUAACCUACACAAGAGGUCAGAGGUCAAAGAGGAGGAGACCACCAGUAGGCGAUGAGGAUGGCGGGUCUCAAUGGCAUGAGGACAACACGAUGAAGGAAUUUACGGAUGCCAACUGGGUCCUGCAGAAGUUAGGAAAAGAUGCUGCUGGGAAGAGAGUAGAAAUACACCAGCCGUCCAAUAACACUUGGCAUAGGGGCACAAUAAUUGAAGUCUCUGAGGGUACAUCAGUUGUUUCCAUUGCUCUUGAUAAUGGGAAGGUCAAGAGCUUUGAACUGGGGAAGCAAGGUAUCCGUUUUGUGUCCCAGAAGCAAAAACAUUGA